CUGGCUUUGGCCCCUGUGCCUCCCACCUCCCCACUCAUACCGCAGCCUGGGAGAGGCCAGCAGGCUUCUACAAACCCCCUCGGGACUCUGCAGUGGACAGGGCCAGGGACAUGUCCUUCCGCAAAGUGGUUCGGCAGAGCAAGUUCCGGCAUGUGUUCGGACAGCCGGUCAAGAAUGACCAGUGCUACGAGGACAUUCGAGUGUCCCGUGUCACCUGGGACAGCACGUUCUGCGCUGUCAACCCCAGGUUCCUGGCAGUGAUUGUGGAGGCCAGCGGCGGGGGUGCUUUUCUGGUGCUGCCGCUGGGCAAGACGGGUCGCAUUGACAAGGCCUACCCAACGGUAUGCGGACACACUGGCCCCGUCUUAGACAUUGACUGGUGUCCCCACAAUGAUGAGGUUAUCGCCAGCGGCUCAGAGGACUGCACCGUCAUGGUCUGGCAGAUCCCCGAAAAUGGGUUGUCCUCACCGCUGACGGAGCCGGUGGUGGUGCUGGAGGGGCACACCAAGCGAGUAGGCAUCAUCACCUGGCACCCGACAGCCCGCAAUGUGCUGCUGAGCGCAGGCUGCGACAACGUGGUGCUCAUCUGGAAUGUGGGCACAGCGGAGGAGCUGUACCGCCUGGACACCCAGCACCCGGACCUCAUCUACAACGUCUGCUGGAACCGCAACGGCAGCCUCUUCUGCUCUGCCUGCAAGGACAAGAGCGUGCGCAUCAUCGACCCCCGCCGGGGCACCCUGGUGGCAGAGCGAGAGAAGGCUCACGAGGGCGCCCGGCCCAUGCGGGCCAUCUUCCUAGCGGACGGCAAGGUGUUCACCACCGGCUUCAGCCGCAUGAGCGAGCGGCAGCUGGCGCUCUGGGACCCAGGGAACCUGGAGGAGCCCAUGGCCCUGCAGGAGCUGGACUCGAGCAACGGGGCCCUGCUGCCCUUCUAUGACCCCGACACCGGUGUGGUCUACGUCUGCGGCAAGGGCGACUCCAGCAUCCGGUACUUUGAGAUCACAGACGAGCCCCCCUACAUCCACUUCCUGAAUACGUUCACCAGCAAAGAGCCCCAGAGGGGCAUGGGCAGCAUGCCCAAGAGGGGCCUGGAGGUCAGCAAGUGCGAAAUCGCCCGGUUCUAUAAACUGCAUGAACGCAAGUGCGAGCCCAUUGUCAUGACUGUGCCAAGAAAGUCCGACCUCUUCCAGGACGAUCUAUACCCUGAUACGGCUGGGCCAGAGGCAGCCCUGGAGGCGGAGGAGUGGGUGAGCGGGCGCGACGCUGAACCCAUCCUCAUCUCCCUGCGAGAGGCCUACGUGCCCAGCAAACAGCGGGACCUGAAGGUCAGCCGGCGCAACAUACUAUCCGACAGCCGGCCCGCUGCCACCCCUGCCCGCUCAGGGGCCCCCACACCUGCAGCCACCACUGCUGUGACCGCUGCUAGUGGCAGCCUCACCGGAGCAGCGGAGGCCUUUAAGCUGGAGGAGGUGAUGCAGGAGCUGCGGGCCCUGCGAGCGCUGGUCAAGGAGCAAGGUGAGCGCAUCACCCGUCUGGAGGAGCAGCUCUGCCGCCUGGAGAACGGGGACGCUUAGGACUCUCCCCGCCGAGGGACGCCAUCCCACCUUCUCCUCUGCCCCCUUCUCACUCAGCUUCUGCUGGCAGGUCACACGGGGCCUCCCUGGCUGCCAGGGCCUCUGAGGCUGGUUUAGGAGCUGUCCCCUGCCCCGGGCCACCCUGUGGGCCCCAGCUGCAGCCCCUGCCUGGCUCUCGUCAUUGUUACUGUGGAAGAUUUUUGUACCAAGGCAAGCUCACUUGUACUCUGAGGGACCAUCUCCUCAUCCCUGCCCGGCCCCCCGCCCCUCCCCGGAAGAAGUGGGAGGGAUGCGCUCUAUAUUUUCAUUCCAAAUAAAGUUCUCUUUCUAAAA